AGCACGCGCCUGGCUGGUCGCUCGUUAGUGCGAGCGACUGUUUGUACAGGCGGGGAGAGUGAAUUACAACUGUGUGACUGAGGCUGUGAGGCGAAUCGCGGAAAGAGAGCGACCACAAUAACGGGACCGGUGUUCAGCCUACGCAGCAGCAAAAGCAGCACCAGUAUGAUCCUCGUGUCCGCGCCUGCCUCGAGCAACACGAGACACUAGAAUAUAAGGUGAUAGAUUCCUCUCCUCCUUUUCUUUCAUCUCCCCUGUCACACCCUACUGCUCCCAGAGGAGAGAGGCUAUGGCACUCUCUGCUUCUCUUCGCUGUACUGUCUUCCUCCUCUCCCUCUUCCUCCUCCUCUCCCUCCCCCUAUCUUGCACUUCGGAAUCCCAGCGUGAAGAAGAGCCAGUGUCUCCCUCCAUGGUCCCGGAACCGUACAACAACACCUCUGCGACUGAGGCCAAUUUAACAAAGCGCUGUAGCGAUGUGGUGGAGUGUAAGCCUGGCAUCAUUCUGCCCGUCUGGAAGCCUCAAAACCCGGGGCUCGGAGACAAGGUCGCCCGCGCCGCCGUCUACUUUGUCUCUCUUAUGUACCUGUUCCUGGGUGUAUCCAUCAUUGCGGAUCGCUUUAUGGCAUCCAUAGAGGUUAUCACAUCACAGGAGAAAGAGGUAACGAUCACUCUGCCUAAUGGGGAGACAUCAGUGGCUACUGUACGCAUCUGGAACGAGACUGUGUCCAACCUCACACUGAUGGCUCUAGGCUCAUCCGCUCCCGAGAUCCUUCUGUCUGUCAUAGAGGUGUGUGGGCAUGGCUUUGAAUCAGGCGAACUCGGUCCUGGCACUAUUGUGGGCAGUGCAGCUUUCAACAUGUUCGUGAUCAUUGGCCUCUGCGUGUGGGUAAUCCCUGAUGGGGAGGUGAGGAAAAUUAAACACCUGAGGGUCUUCUUCAUAACCGCCUUCUGGAGCAUCUUCGCAUAUAUCUGGCUGUACCUCAUCCUCUCCAUCAUCUCACCAGGAGUUGUCGAGGUGUGGGAGGCCCUGGUCACUCUCUGCUACUUCCCAGUUUGUGUGAUUCUGGCUUGGAUCGCCGAUCGUAGGCUACUCUUUUACAAGUAUAUGUCUAAACGUUACCGCGCUGACAAGAGGACAGGGGUCGUCGUGGAGACAGAGGGUGAGAUGACCCCCAAAGGAACAGAUAUGAUCAUGGAUGGCAAGUUUCCUCCAAGGGGUUCAGCGGGGGUCAUGAGUGCAGAUCAAUGCCAGGAUGGGGCCAAUAACAGUGCAGGUGCCAUGGCAAUGCUGCUGAACUCCAACAGUGCCACCAUUAAUAUGGAAAGUGCAAAAGAACUAGACGAGAGCCGCAAAGAGGUAAUCCGUAUCCUAAAAGACUUGAAGCAGAAGUACCCAGAUAAGGAGCUGGAGCAGCUGGUAGAGCUCGCCAACUACUAUGCCCUGCUGCACCAGCAGAAGAGCCGGGCCUUCUACAGAGUCCAGGCUACGCGCAUGAUGAUCGGAGCAGGUAACGUGCUGAAGAAGCAUGCAGCGGAUCAUGCGAAGAGAGCAGUCGCUGCCGGCGAGGAAGACACAUCUGAACAUGAUGACUGUGCUACCUGCAGCCGAAUCAGCUUUGAGAGUGCACAUAGUCAGUGCAUGGAGAACUGUGGAACACUGUCCUUAGCUGUGGUGUGCCAGGGCGGCGCCGGCGAAAGCACCUUCUAUGUGGACUACCGCACAGAGGAUGGCACAGCCAACGCCGGCUCAGACUACGAGUACAGCGAGGGCACGCUGGUGUUCAAGCCAGGAGAGACCAGAAAAGAGAUAAAGGUAGGGAUAAUAGAUGAUGAUAUUUUUGAGGAGGACGAACAUUUCUUUGUCCGUCUGCUCAAUCUACGGGUUGGUGAUGCUGAAGGCAUGUUUGAGAGUGAUGAGGUUGGCCAAGCUCCCAAGGGCCGGUUGGUGGAGCCACUGGUCGCCACAGUGACCAUCCUGGAUGAUGACCAUGCAGGAAUCUUCACGUUUAGUGAUCGCAUAAUGCGUGUGAGUGAGAGUGUCGGGACCAUGGAGGUGACAGUGGUGAGGAAUUCAGGGGCCCGGGGCACUGUCAUACUUCCCUACCACACCGAGCCAGGAUCAGCCCGGGGAGGGGGUAUCGACUAUGAAGAUACACAUGGAGAGCUGGAGUUCACCAACGACCAGACUACUCAAACCCUUCAGGUUAGGAUCAUCGAUGAUGAAGAGUAUGAGAAGCAUGAGAAUUUCUUCAUUGUCCUUGAGGAACCUCGCUGGCUGAAGAGAGGAAUCUCUGCUCUGCUGCUGAACCAAGAGGAUCCAGAGGGGCAGCUGAGUGCUGAGGAAGAGGAGGCCAGGAGGAUUGCUGAGAUGGGGAAGCCUAUUCUGGGAGAGCACAGCAGACUGGAGGUCGUCAUCGAGGAGUCAUAUGAGUUUAAGAGCACAGUGGAUAAGCUGAUAAAGAAGACUAACCUGGCCCUGGUGAUCGGCACACACUCCUGGAGAGAGCAGUUUGUGGAAGCGGUGACAGUCAGUGCAGGUGAUGGAGAUGAAGAUGAAGAGGAGGGGCGGGAGGAGCGUCUGCCGUCCUGCUAUGACUAUGUCAUGCACUUCCUGACGGUGUUCUGGAAGGUUCUGUUUGCAUGUGUGCCACCCACUGAGUACUGGAAUGGCUGGGCCUGCUUCAUGGUGUCUAUCUCCGUCAUUGGGAUCCUGACAGCCAUCAUAGGAGACCUGGCUUCUCAUUUUGGCUGCACUGUUGGGCUCAAGGACACCGUUACCGCUGUAGUGUUCGUCGCUCUGGGCACUUCAAUACCAGACACGUUUGCUAGUAAAGUGGCUGCCACCCAGGACCAAUAUGCUGAUGCAUCUGUUGGCAACGUCACCGGCAGCAAUGCUGUCAACGUGUUCCUGGGCAUCGGCGUGGCAUGGUCGGUUGCAGCCAUCUACUGGGCCGUAAAGGGACAACGCUUCAGGGUGGACCCUGGCUCUCUGGCCUUCUCCGUCACCCUCUUCACCAUCUUCGCCUUCAUUUGCAUGGCAGUCCUGCUGUACCGUAGGCAGCCAUCCAUUGGAGGCGAGCUUGGAGGUCCGCGAGUGUCACGCCUCCUCACCACACUGCUCUUCCUGGGCCUGUGGCUUCUCUACAUUCUGUUUUCCAGCCUGGAGGCCUACUGCCACAUUGAGGGCUUUUAAAUGCUCCAUUGGGAAAAGACACACAGAACAAACCUGGAUACAGCAAACACAUGCUGCAGCUAUUUGCUACACACUUAAGAUACUUUAGAAAACAAUGUUAGUGAAGAAAAAAAAAAGGUCUCUGAGGUAACGAAACACCUCAAACUGAACAGGAAAAAUUCAAAAGAAAAGUACACACAAAAUACUUUCAGCCUUAGAGAACAACCUUAAAACACACACACACACGAUGCACACAUAUAAAUGCACAGACAAGACUAUGUACACUUAAAUUCAUAGAGCAUACUGUGAACUGUGAACCAGACAAGCUCAGUGUCCCCAUGGAAGUGAACAUUGAGGAGGAGGUUUAGAGGGAGGUCCUGUGGAAGGAGAGAGGAGAAAGAGAGAGAUAGUGAAAAGAGAAGAAAAAGUAUAUGAGAGACAAUUCUAAAAGGGACUUUAGCAGGAUAAGAUACUAUAGAAGGAAACAGCACGUCAGAAAAGGAGAAAGGCUAGGUACUGUAUGUUGUUUGCGACGGCCCUUUUGCUCCUUUUUUUUUUUUUUUUUUUUUUUUUGCAAUAACAGGCUUAAAAUAAUGGAAGCUGUUUUAGGACUUGGUCACAGAUCAGAAGGUCCUGGGUUUGAAUCCCAGCAAAUAUGCACUGAGGCAAAGCACUGAACCAUGCAGUUUGAAAAUCUGUCACUUUGAGUGAAAAGCAUCAGCUGACUGUAAACGUUAGAAAACAAAACAUUAGAAAACAAAACGGACUGGUAUAACCGUUCAAGUACUUAUUUCUGCGUGUUGAACAUGAUCAGUCCCUCUUUCCAACAAAAGAGGAAAAUGUUUACACACACACACACACACACACACACACACACACACACACACACAAAUUAUCUAAGCCACUUAUACUUCUGGGUCACGGGGGGUGUUCGAGCCUGUCCCAGCAGUCACUGGACAGAAGAAAGGAAGGUUGAUAGACGGUGUAAACAAACACUGUUUGAGAGAAAUGGUGAUCCAUCAGGUGCCAGAAGUGAAAGAAUGUAGGAGUAUUUUGACACCAGUCAUGAACAGUGAACAUGUCAAAUAUGACCAGAACAUUAUGGUUUGUGAACCAUAUUUGUGUAAAUAGAUUUUAUGUUUCUAAAGCCCAGAGCACAUCAACCUAUGGUUCUCCAAAGAACAACGACUUGCUCCAAUGUUGGCUCGGUGUGCCAUAUCUUGUUGCAGUCUUUAGACUAUUCUUUGCAGCUCAAGGUCUUUUAUGGUCUUCUGAACAUUCGAAAGCCCAAUGCCAACAUUAUGACGUUUGUGUUUUGUUGCAGGAUGAUGGGUUGCUGUGUACUAGGUUUUAAGUAUUCUCACUUCUCUGCAUGCAGACCAGAAGGCAAACCUAACAGAUACUGAGUAGAGGUCAGCAAGGAAUGAGGCUUGUGGACUGGCGUGGAAGAACCUUUUAUCAGAUUCUUUCUGAACACACGCUUUAAGCUUUGUAAAUUCUACUGAGCAUUCAAACAGUCCCUAAGUGGUGUAAUUAAAUCUGCUGAUUUUUCCCGCAGACACAGUCCAUCUUCUCAUUCUGACAUCACAAUGGUCAUUUGGGCUUUGUAGGAUUAAGCAGUGCUAGCUUUGAUGUGCUAGUAAAGAGUUCGUUCAUGAAAUUGCCUCUCUCAAUUUUACAAUAUCCUCUAAAUUCUGUGUUGAUGCCUGGGAGGCUUUUCUUCAACCACAGCCAUGUCAACUGUCACCACCUCUUCCUUUAAUUUUGCAAAGAUCUUUUCUCCCCAAGAAUACGUUGGAAAUUGGACAGGAUCUCCUCCUAGUCAUACAGCACACGUAUGUAGUUGCUGGUCAACAUAUUUGUCCCAAGAAUAAUUAUUCUAGUAGACCAUGUAAUGCCAUUAUUUUAACAGACGUACUAUCUUGGUAGCCUAAAAUUGACCCUACGCUUUCGUUGAGUUUUCUGAACUUGCAGACUAUUACAAGUGCAAUCUGUUUACUGCCAAAAUUUUCUAGAAGGGUUGGUUUUAUGCCAUGCAUCAUCACGCCUUACUGAAUGAUGUUUGGAAGUAUAUGAGGUAGUAAAGCCAAUCUGACAUCACGCAUGUGCAUCAACUGAAAAAAAAAGAGAUUUGAAACUGUAAAGAGUAGCUAUAUUGGCAAAUGUUAAUCGGUGAUUCUUAUUAAUAAUAAAUGCAGUAAAUUUAUUAUGGUCUCAUAACAAGAACAAAAAAUCUCUCUCCUGGCGUAUUUUGGCAUGACGGUUGUUUUGCUGGAUUGCUUUUGAGUAUUGCUAAGCAUUGGUCUUUGCCAAAGUCAUUAGGUGCAUCUCUUAGAACUACAAAUCUACUGUCAUAACUCAGGAUCAUGUUCAGAACAAGGAUUCAAUAUACUAUUUAUUUGUAAUUAUCAUGAUUUGUGCUACCUGUGUCAGAAAAACGUUUUGCCUGUGAUAGGCUGGGUUCUAGGCUAUGUUCUAGCCAUUUGUCUGUAUGCAAAGAGCAGCCUUUAACAUGUGCACAAGGCUGGCUUUUUACCUGUGCAGUACGCUAAUAUUUUACCUGUAGAUUAGUUGGUAGAGCUGCAUGAUGGAGUAAAUUGUGACAGAGCUAAAAUGGCAUGGUUUAACUCUAAAAUCUGCAUGGAUGGUCAUAUAAAGUUUACAGUAUUCAUUUAGUUAAAUGGGCAAUUUGUGUGCCGAGUUGCACUGGAGGCAAGAUUCUCUGACUAUACUAAUAAUAGUUUACUUCAAACAGUGCCCUCGACAAGUUUAUACGUUUUAAGUGAGAUACCCAUAUUGAGAAACUGCAAACCUAAAAUAUAAGCUCAUUCAGUGUGACAGCUGUUUUCUAUUUAUAGCCCCUGUUAUAAUAAAACAGCACCUUGGCUUAUCGCUGGAUGUUAGGUCAUUCCACACUGACUCAUCCAGAGCUUGGUCCCCAUAAAUCAAAUAAAAAUCAAGCAAAACCUUCUCUGCAAUUCAUGCAAUCAUGCAAAAUAGAGACUUUUUAAAAGUUUCUACUUAAAAUAGGAUGGAACCGAGUUGAAAUAUUGCCAUAAUUGACCUUGUGUCUAAAAAAUGUAGACAACGAAGGAAUCAUAGGACACCUGUAAAAUAGGAAAUCAUAGGACACUGUGGUGAUGCUCAUAAGAGGCGUGGACCUGUUUUUCUGUAAAGCUGCUUUGUGACAACCUUGUUGUAAAAAGCGCUAUAUAAAUAAACUUGAAUUGAAUUGAAUUGAAACUGUAAAAAUACUGGCAUAAAAAUGACACCCUUCUAAUUACGGGAAUUAUCAACAGGAAGCUAGUUGAUUUAAUGCAUACUGAGUAGUAAUUUAAAAUUGCAGGCCAGGUUAGUCCUACUGUAAGCACUUAAUCUCUACAUUUAAAAUAGUUUAGAAUGUUCUAGAGCAAACUUGAAACUUUCAUAACUAAAAGGAAAAAAAUUAAAUGCAUACGCUAUCUAGACAAAACUUGCCAUGUACAUAAUUCUUCUCUAAUACCUUUAUUUAAUGACUGCACUGAUCCAGUCCGGUAAGGUUUAAGCCAGUUUCUCGAGAGUUCCUGUCCAUUUAGCUCACUCUUCCACUAUCUUUGUGCUUCAUGUCAGAGCAGAGCAUGUCAUUGAUAUUCCCAUAUUUUAAGAUGACCUCUGUAGGACCUGUAUGCAACUGGUUAAACAGACCAAAUGAAACGCUGGGACACUUUGACUGACCAACAAAAUCAUCAGAUUUCAAUUCCAGCUCUCCGUGUGGAACAGCAGGGAGAAUGCUGGAAUAGGCAUACAAAUCCUGCCGGAGAUGUGAGCCAAGUAUGAGUGAAUGGGCAGGAGUGGAAAGGAAUCUGAAGAGAGUGGUGUCACUCUUACAUGACACUGUUAUUAAAGCAACGGAAUGGGUAAUCAGGCAUUUGGUUUUUGCAUGAUUGAGUGAAUUAAAUGGAAGUUUUUCUUUGGAAAUGCAAGUUGCUGUAGAAUCAUGCAAAUAUUCAUCACACAAGUUUUAGUGGUGGUGCUGCUGAUGAGGAGCAUCUGUUGUUGUGCACUGAAACUGGCCUGCUGACAGCAGAUUGGGCUUUAAGGACAUAAACUCCCUGUUUUAUUCCUUUGCCUAGAGGCACGUCGAGGAUAAAUGUCUAAAACCUUUAAAUUCUAGCUGCACUAUUUAUAUUGUUUACUUACUUUUUGUGCUGAAAAAUUAUGAGUGUAUGUGUUUUAAAGUCCCUUCACCCUUCUUGACCCCUUUGAAAUGUUUUUAUAGCUUAAAACAAAUAUUUAUUUAUUUAUUCAGUAUCAUUAGUGGUCAGAAAGGAGUGGUCAGAAGAAAAAAGCUUGUUCACAGAUAGGGUGGCUUUCCACGUGAAUGGCACCAGUGAUUAUAAUAAAAAGAAAAGCAGGGAAUUCUGAUUGAUGAGUAUCGGUGUGAAUGAGAUCAAUAUGAAAUAUAAAACUUGCCUAAUUCAAAAUGAUUAACAUGAUCAUUUUAAACAGACUGUUAGUAAUUAGAUAAAAACGCAUUCACAGAUUGGUUUUCUGUAUUUAUUUACUUGUUUGUUUGUUUGUUUAUUCAAUUGUGUGACCCAGUUCUGCCUUACAAAACUUUUUUUUUUUUUUUAAUUAUUUCUCAUGUUUUACUGGUGUAUCGUCACUGCGUCUGAUGUGUUUGUGCUGUGUAGACCCAUGUUUACUCUGGGCUUAACACAGACCGAACCCACCUCUCCUUAUACCCAGAGAUUAACCCUUACAUCCCUAUUUAAGUUACUACUUAUAAUCCUAAGGCCACCUUUACAAGGAAAUUUUGCUGUCAAAUAUGCAACUCCCAUUUGAUUUUCAUGAAAACAAUGUUAAUGCCUGAAAUUAUGGCCCAAUGUCUUUGUCAACUAUUGAAAAAAUUGGCCUAAAAUUUCUAUUGGAAAAUAUUCUGAUGUAACUAUCCAUCAGGUGGUACCUGUUGGUGAAGGGCGGGGCUUUAGUCACACAAUGUUGAGCAAGAUGGAGGAAAACCAUAAAUCAUAGUGGUCAGGUCACAUCCAGAGCUUGCAGUACUCUGAAGAUCUAAACACCUCACAUCCAGAGCCAUAUCUACAGAUCUAUGAGGACAAUUCAUAGCACGGUUUUCUUGCCCAAAACCAUGCAUCCAACAAACCAGCAGCGCAUAUUAAUGUUUGGAUUUUUAUUUAUUUGUUUGUUUGUUUAUUUGUUUUGGACUGAGACCAAAAUGUCCUUGUGAAGGGGCCGAAGACGCCCUGAAUCAAACGUGUUGUUUGCAGUGCUAAAGAGCAUGGAAUCCAUAUUAAACCAUAAGGCAUUAGAAACGUACAAUGGGCAAAAUACUGAUCCGUAUUAUUUUAGGAAUUACCCAUUCCUUUUCAGAGUUCUUGCUUUAAAAGCAUGUGCAAUAGAUCAGAGGAACUGAAUGAAACUUGGAAUGCUCAUGAAACGAUUAAACGUCCUUGGAGCAACUCCACAACAUGCUAAACCAAAGUAGCUCCAAAUUUGGAAUUUAAGAGACUUUAUCAUUUAGGCCACCUCUCAUUUGGUACGUACAGUAUUCCCUUCAUGUCGGUGUGUAUUUGUUGCACAAUGAUUGUACUGUUACCUGCAACAACUUUCAUAUACUUUCAUAACCAAAAUGCUUACAUGCACUGAAACACUUCCCAACAUUCUGUGGUUGGCACAGUGUAGACUGCUCUGUCAUGGUGUUGGAGGCAGUAAAGUUACUAAAACUAAAGUACAGUUUGCGCUGUGGGAUUGUUCAGUAGACCAGGUAAUCAGUGCUUCACUGAUCCAACGGUGUAUUUCCAGAAAGAAGUGUAAUAAUUUUCCCCACUUCUGCUCUUGCUGUGUUUACAGUAGUCAUAUUUGAUUUAUUUAUCCUUAAUGUCAGAUGUUUACUCUUUGUAUGACGCUCUUACUCUAGCGGGAUUUGUAAACUUUUGAAUAUAUUUGUAACAUUUUCUUUUGGUUUUAGAUAAGGGAACUCGAUCUUUGCCGAAGUAAUGGUUUUGAUAAAUCUUUCUGAGAUAUUUAGAUACACUCAGUAUGACUUGGUUAAAAAGAAGCCACACUGUAUGGACAUUGAACUGAAAACUAAACUGAUAUUACUCAGUUUGUGUAAUCCUUUGUAUCAUACAUACAAUUUUAGUGUGCCUACAACCCAGCAUCCUCCACUGUUAGAAGUUUGUCUUGGAUUGGUUUCCUGAAUUGAGGUUUUUUUUGUUUGUUUGUUUGUUUGUUUGUUUUUAAUGCAUAUCAUAGGUCGUCUGAACAGUGUAUUUUUCAAAGAAACAUGCUGGUAGCAAUUACGUCUAUUAGGAAAACUCACUUUUUUGGCCAGUACGCUUUCACUGUGCCAACCAAAGGCAAUUUUAUUGAAUAAUUUAUUGAGAACCAAGUUAUUAAAUAGGAGUUAUGUUAAUCCCAUGUUCCGUCAUGGUCUUCUUUGUCCCAUGUGGGUGUCAUAGCUGCACUAUGUGUUUUUAACUGUACUGCAUUAAAUGUAAUGUUCCAGUUCCACUGGUAUGUCUGGCAUUUGCUACUGGAAAUGUGAAUUUGUUCUCUAAUGUUUUUAAAAUGUGUGCCUCAGAUGUGCAUAACGCAUGAAGUCCUGUUUGUGUGCAUGAUCUGUUAUCAUCAGUGUUCACCUUCACAUUUCCGCUGCGCGUUUUUCUUUUUCGUUUUGUAAAUGAUGGUCUUGGUCUUGGUCUUAUUCCGCCAUGAAUUCCUGCGAUAUGAGAAAAAACCCUCAGAAAUACAGUGCUUCUUGCUUUCCUUUGAGUCUCAUUGAAAGUGCACAAAAAAGCUGUGAAAUGUUGUUUUAUUUCAUUUUAUUGUCUUGAUGUUUUUCGUAGCUGUUUGUAUGUUGAAAUCAGAUCUGUCUGUCUUUCCCCACCUCCUCGAUCCUUCGGUCUUGCAGUCUGUGUGUUUUUAGAACUUUUUAUGUGUGACUUACUCUCUGCCUGACAUUUUCCUGAGAAUAAGGACUUAUUGAAAAAAUAUGUGGUAGGCCAUAUAUAAUCAAUGCUGUAAUAAAUAAGUCAUAUCUGUUUUUUAAUUAAAGAGAAAAAAACUAUAUAAUAAUAUAAUAAUAGUAAUAAAUGGAAGAUGAUCAUUGUUUUGAAGAACUUGGCAUGACGUGUACUGUGUCCUGAGGAAAAAAACAUAAUAGUAAUAAUGAUAAUAAUACUGUAAGAAUGUGAGUUGACCUUAAUGAAUAUUUAUUUUGAACACC